AUGUGUUGUUGGUUACGACAUGGAUAUAUGACAAAUGAUUUCACGAAUAUGUUCAUAAAUACUGUGAAUUUAAUCGUAUUUUGGGGCUACAUUUUUGCAUUUGCCUUUUAUCAGCCACGACGAAAACAUUUAUACGGGCAACUAUUUGCGCUGUUUUUUUCUCUACUUUGUAUCUUUUCUUACGUUAAUUGGCAGCCACUUGAAGAAGCAGCAGAUGUAAUGGGCGGAAUUUCAGCAGCUAUGCAAAUUUUUAGUUUGGCUGGACAAGUCUACGAAAUUAAACGUGCAAUUUCCUUUGGUCACACGGAAUACAUUCCUGCUGAACUACAAUUUGGAAUUUUUCUUUUGGUAAUACAGUGGACUAUUUUUGGUAUUUUGAUUGGAAAUUAUUACAUCGCUAUUGCUAAUUUUGCUGCACUUCUUGUAAAUAUUGCAACAAUAUCACUAUACUUUAUUUAUCCACCACUUACUUGGAAAGUUCCAAUAAUUGGCACAGGAUUAGGUUACAAGAAAAUCGAAUGA